CUCAAACAUUCCUUCUUGCACACCAGCAGCUGCAGACAAAAGAGGUGAAUUCUCUUUCUUUCUUUCUGAAGUCAUCACUUCCUUUUCAUUUACUUUUCCUCAUCUUCUGAAUUUAUGGAUGCUACUAAAUGGCCGCAGAAUUUUUCAGAUAUCGGAUUGGCGAAGCCCAUGGAAGAAUUGGUUUCUAAGCCUAUCUUAGAGCGAAAGGCAAGACCUCAAGAGCAAUUGAAUUGUCCAAGAUGUAACUCAACCAAUACAAAGUUUUGCUACUACAACAAUUACAGUCUCACUCAACCAAGAUAUUUCUGCAAGACUUGCAGAAGGUACUGGACUGAAGGAGGUUCUCUAAGAAAUGUUCCUGUUGGAGGAGGUUCAAGAAAGAAUAAGAGAUUUAUAUCUUCUUCAACAUCUUCUUCUUCAUCAUCGGUUUCAAGCAAGCUUCCAGAUCUUAACCCACCAAACAUUUCUCACUUUUCUAAUUCUCAAAACCCUAAGACGACUCAUAAAGGUCAGGAUCUUAAUCUGGCUUUCCAAGUUAUGCAUGAGACUCAUGAUAUGUCUCAAUAUGUUGAAGUACCCAAAACUGAAAGCAACAACAACACCAACAACAAUCAGCAGCAUAACUCCUCCUCCUUGGCUUCUUCCUAUGCUACCUCAUCUUCUCUUUCAGCUCUAGACCUGCUCAGAACCGGAAUUUCUUCAAGGGGUUUAGAUUCUUUUAUCCCAACACCCAUACCAGCUGAUUCAAAUACGCUUUUUCCAUCUGGGUUUGCUUUGCAAGAUAUCAAACCAACACUUAGUUUUUCCAUUGAUGGGCUCGGAAAUAGGUACGGAAGUGUCCAUGGGGAUCAAGAGAAUACUGGUGGGAGACUCAACUUCUUUCCGUUUAGUGAUUUAAAACAACUUUCUAGCACAACUGAAGUUGAUCAGAAUAAAGGACAAGGCGGUUCAACAGGAUAUUGGAACGGGAUGUUAGGUGGAGGACCGUGGUAAAGAAAUUAAGAAUUUCCUCUCCCUUAAUUUUUCUUAUGCUUAAUUUUCACAUGGUAUGGUUGUUUAAAGCUGUUUAGAAGUACUAACAGGAAGAUACAUAUGAGUUUUAUUUUUAUUUGUUUCAUAUUCUUGUUUUUACCAUUUGAACAAUGAAGCUUAUUUAGGGUUGGCUUCAAUGGUGGUUUUUAUUUAUGGAUCGAUACUUUGUGUUGUGAAGACGGAAGAAUAGGUGAAUAUAACGCCUGGUUUUUCUGAGGGCAACAUGGCCAUUGUUCA